AUGACAUUCCGUAAAGUAAACAUCAUCAUCCUGGUCCUGGCUGUUGUUUUCUUCUUACUGGUUUUGCACCAUAACUUCCUUGGCCUGAGCAGUUUGCUAAGGAAUGAGGUUUCAGAUUCAGGAAUUGUGGGGCUUCAGCCCAUAGACUUUAUCCCAAAUGCUCCCCAUGAUGCUGUAGAUGGGAGACAAGAGGAGGUUCCUGUGGUCAUUGCUGCAUCUGAAGAUAGGCUCGGGGGGACCAUUGCAGCCAUAAACAGCAUCCAGCACAACACUCGCUCCAAUGUCAUUUUCUACAUUGUUACGCUCAACCAUACAGCAGACCAUCUCCGGUCUUGGCUCAGCAGCAGUAUUCUGAAAAGCAUCAGGUACAAAAUUGUGAAUUUUGACACUAAACUUUUGGAAGGGAAAGUAAAGGAGGAACCGGACCAGGGGGAAUCCGUAAAACCAUUAACCUUUGCAAGGUUCUACUUGCCUAUUCUAGUUCCCAGCGCAAAGAAGGCUAUAUACAUGGAUGAUGAUGUGAUUGUGCAAGGUGAUAUCUUUGCACUCUACAAUACACCACUGAAGCCAGGACAUGCAGCUGCAUUUUCAGAAGAUUGUGAUUCAGCCUCUACUAAAGUUGUCAUUCGUGGAGCAGGGAACCAGUACAAUUACAUUGGAUAUCUUGACUAUAAAAAGGAAAGAAUCCGUAAGCUUUCUAUGAAAGCCAGCACCUGCUCAUUUAAUCCUGGAGUUUUUGUUGCAAACUUGACAGAAUGGAAAAGACAGAAUAUAACCAACCAGCUGGAAAAAUGGAUGAAACUCAAUGCAGAAGAGGGACUGUACAGCAGGACACUGGCUGGCAGCAUCACAACACCUCCUCUGUUGAUCGUAUUUUAUCAACAGCACUCCACCAUUGACCCCAUGUGGAACGUGCGCCACCUUGGCUCCAGUGCUGGAAAACGAUACUCGCCCCAGUUUGUCAAAGCUGCCAAAUUACUACAUUGGAAUGGGCACUUUAAGCCAUGGGGAAGAACUGCUUCAUAUACUGAUGUCUGGGAAAAAUGGUAUAUUCCUGACCCAACAGGCAAAUUCAGCCUUAUCAGAAGACAUACAGAGAUCUCAAACACAAAGUAA